CAAGGAGGAGGCGGGGUUGGCAAUCAGGCUAGCUUUUCCAUAUAUUCUGGUCAUUUGUGUGUGUUAUAGUAUAUACCGCUUGAUUCCCACAUCCUUCUUUGGUCUAGUCAUCUUCCAUCAGGCUUCUUUGAACUUCAAAUUUGGUUAAGAUGGGUUACAGCAGAGUACCUACACAGCCUGCCUGUGAUUGUGAACGAUGUCUCUCUCAGCAUGAUCAGUUGAAGAAUAUUGAUCGUCGAAUUUCGAUAUUGGCUUCUCUAAUUGCCUCGUUUGUAUUGAACGCGGUGCUAGUGGCAUACUUUUGGUUUGCACCAACAAGACAUGCUCCUGUGACAGCUGAGGCUGCGCAAUUCUUAUACUCACCUGCACAAACAGCACUUAAAUACACAACUCGGGUCUUUGACAGCGCCUUUGGUAUCCAGACAACCGCAUACCAAGGCCGACCAAACGAAGCCAACGACCAACUGUGGACCGAGCUAUACAACUUCGGAAUUACCCGGAUUUCAGCAGACGAGGCCCGGCCUAUGGUCAACAAGACGCUUCCAAUUCCCGGUCAGAGUGACCAUUACUUGAUAUCGCUCUCGGUGUUUCAUCAACUCCAUUGCCUAAAUAGGGUCAGAAAAGGCCUUUAUGGAGAAGUGGACUGGUCAGAUGUCAGCGAACACUCGGGCAUCACGCACUUGGACCACUGCAUCGACGUGAUCCGACAGAGUCUUAUGUGUAAUGCUGACGUCACCCCUCUCACAUUUACAAGGGAUUCCCGAGACGGAGUCGCGAGAGAAGUGGCCGAAGUUAUACAUCAGUGUCGUGAUUUUGAUGCCAUCAGAGACUGGGCAGCUACAAGAGCAAUGCCGGGCAUGUGGGAUACGACAAAGGUUGUAACUGACGACCCUCUUGGUUGGGGUGAUUACCAUGUAGACUACUGAUUGGAGAAGGACUAGAAUGGCAGUUAAUAGACGCGGAUACGCCGAAUAAGAGGAACAAAGUCGGCGCUUAAACUAGAAAAUACCUGUUGAUAUCUUGAGUCUUCUAAAAACGCAUUCCAUUACACUUGUCAUUUAUACAAAAUCCCACUCGAUGGAUAUACUGGCGUCACAGUCCCCUGUUUACUAAGUUCCCGUAGCAAUUGAGCCUGUCCACACACCUUGAAAUGCUCUAGAAAGCCAGCUCGGCUAUAUUGCUUAUAAAUGAGCUUCGGCUUUUCAUUGGGAAGCAAGUUGCUGUCAAACUCGGGGUCCAAAAACAGGCAUCCUGCACAUGUUAU